AUUUGAUUUUGUCAGGAAAAACAUUAUGUCCAUCAUAAUCAUCUCAUCGGAUUUAAUAAUCAUAAACUAACUAAAUUAAUUGACAACCAGAUUUUAUGAUCGACUAUGAUGGCAGGUAAAAUGAAUAAUAAUUCUCAACAAUCAUCAUUGACAUUGGCUACCCAUGCUACCAUACAAAAUGUUGAAUCAAUUUUGGAACAAUUUUUCUAUUAUCAUAUCACUUAUCAAUGGGAUAAAGCCAAAGAAUUUAUUGAACGUGAACGUGAUCAAUUUCGUGCCAAAAAUUCACAUUUAAUAUUAACCUCAAUGUUACAUUAUUUGGCACAAUUAAUCAUUGCUGAUCGUAAUUAUUUAUCGUUGCAAUUUUUUUCUUGUAAAGUAUUUCAACGUAAAAAUUUGCUAAAAUCAACAUAUGAAAAUCUAAAGAUUGAAUUUCAACGUUUAGAAGAACGAUCUAAUCAACUAUUUUUACGACAUAAUUUUCAUCUGCUUCCAUUUCAGUCAUCGCCAAUUCAUUCAAAUUCCAAUAACGGACAGCAACAGGUUCCAUCAAUUGGAAGUUCAAUUGGUUCGAUCAAUGAUGUUGCUGGCGAUCUAGUUGUCGAAGAAGUUAUCGCCGAUGAUAGUGAACUUGCUAAAGAAGCUCUUGAUUGUCUCGAUAUUAUCGAGGCAAUGGAUAAUGAAAAUAAUCGUCAACAAUCGCCAAUAUUCGGCGAUAAUCAUCAACGAGAAUCAUCCAGUAGUCCUCAUCAAUCAUCAUUAUCAUCAAGUUUAUCUCGAGAUCAAUCAUCGCAAAAUUCAUCAAAAAGCAAUUUUUUCUCCAAAUUAUUUCGUCGAUUCUCUUCACAAUCGUCUUCACAUUCAGUUGAUAAUAUAGGCCAUCAGAAUCAAACAAAAUCAUUGGAAAUGAACGAACCUAUUUUUGAAAGUUUUACGACUGAAGAACUGACCGCAUCUAUACCACCCCCACCACCUCUUCCACAAUCAAUAAUGAAUUCUGAUUCAUCCAAUAAUCUCGAUUCUUUGGAUCAAUUUGCUGGACAUUUAUGUGGUCAAUUAAUAAUCUAUUGUAAAGUUCGUAUUGAAAUGAUUGAUUUUUAUGAACGUUUAGCUAUGGCCGGUGGUAGCCAUCAUAAUAAUCAUCAAAAUUGUCAACAACAACACCAACAGCAGCAGCAAAAUUUUACUAAUAAAUUCAUUCAAUUAGAUGAUUUUUUACAAACGAUUAAUGAUUUACAUUCACGUGCUGAAGAUUCAUUUCAUCAUCCGGUAUUGACAAGAUUGAAAAUUAUGUUCAUGUUUGAAUGUGAUAUAAUUUUAGCAUUACUUCGUUGCCAUCAUUUUAUACAAAAAUGGCGUUAUAUGGAAAGUUUAUUCGCAUUACAAGAAGCACAUAAUAAAAUUAGCCGUUUAGCUAAUCCGAAAGAAUUUUUUUUCGAAAAUCAAAUGCUUUUAUCAAUGGUUGCCGGUAAUACUAUUGGAUCCGGUACAGUUAUCGUUAAUGGAUCGCAAACACAAUCAAAACAAUAUUCACCACCGACAACAGAUGGACAAACGACCAAAUCAAACCAAACAGGUGUCAAUAGUGCUAGUGGACAGAAUAAUCAAAUGUCAUUAGGAGCUUCAAGUUUAUCUAGUUCAAGUAGUUCGAAUUUAAGUGUUCCAAAUAGUAGUGGUCGUCCAUAUUCACCAUUAUCACCGAAUCAAACACAUUUUGUCUAUCCGAACAAUAUCACAGGAACAGCAAUGCAUCCCGGAUCAUCAUCAUCAUCAUCGACAACACCAUCUUCAACAUCGACUAAAUUUCUUUUUCGUACCGUACAACAGCAACAACAAGGUCAUCAACAUUAUUCAGGAUUUUCUUCAUCAAUGUUUUUGGAUACAAAAUCGAUACCAUCAUUAAUACAAUGGUUUAAUCGGUUUAAAUUAUUUUUAUUAUCAAAAUAUAGUUUUUAUUUUCAUUCGUUAUUAAUGAUUCAUUUGACGCCGAUUCAAUCAUCAUCAUCAAACAUAAUUCAAUCAAUGACAUCCACUAAUUCGUUAUCAUCGUUAAUAAAUCAAUCAUCAUCUUCAUCGAAUGGCAUAAAUUAUCAACAAACGGAUAAUUAUAUGCGUAAUCUAUUUGGAAAACAUAGUAACAACAACAAUAAUAAUGCUAAUAAUCAGUUUUAUGAUUUUCAUUCAAAAAUUAUUCAAUUUAUACGUAAAAUUGGUUCAGAUUUUCAACCAUAUAUAGUACUUAUAUGGAAUUUACAAGGUAAAUCAGAUAUUUCAUUAGCAGGAUAUCGUUCACCAUUCAUUGAUACAGUCAUUCCACAAGGUCGUGGUUCAUUACCAAUUAUUUAUUCAUAUCCUAUUGAAUUCAAUAUGAAUCGACAUCCAUCAUUAAUAAUGAUAAUGGAAAAUCAUUCAAAAGAAUUGAAUAAUACCGAUAUUGUUGUUAUUGAACAUGACCGUAAGCCACAACAACAACAACAACAAUCAUCAUCAACAGCAACGAUUGAAUCAAAUCAUUCAAUGAUAACAUCAUCAUCCAAUUCAUUAAAUGUUACAUAUUUUCUGGCUAGACCAGAUCCGGAUAUGACAUUGGCAUUGGUGAUCGAAUCAAAACGUUCAAUAAAUGAACGUGAUCAAAACCAUAUGCAAUUAUUUAUGCAGGAUUUAUCAUUAUCAUUACGUGAUACAAAAAUUUUACAUAGUUUUCGUAUGGGAAAAUUUUAGCUAAACAUUCUUUUUAUAGAAAUUUUUUUUAACGACAUGAUUUUUUAUUUCUUGACAAAAUCAAUCUGGUG